AUGUCCAGUUUGCAGAACAACAAUGUGUGUCAAAUGCAUGUCACCUUUUUGUUCUUCAUAAAACCAUGCAAGAAGGAACAACACAUCAAAACAUUUGGGGCAAAUCAAAUUAUAUUGGAAACUCUUCAAGACUACAAUCCUAAAGCUCAUUUCAACAUCCAGUUGGAUGAUAUCAAUGGGGCUUGUAAACUUGAUUGGGGUUCAGAGGAAUCUGAAACUCAUCAACAUCAAGAUAGCCUGCUCAACAACUCCAAUGUGAUUGCAAAUACUAAAAAUCCACCUGAAGACGCAAAAGGAGCCAACAAAACUGGUGAUGACAAGAGUCUAACAGUUACAACUGAUGAUGAUGAUGAAGCAGAAGGAUUGCUAGAGCUGAAAUCUGACAAAACAAAUACUAGGAACCACAAGAUAGCUAGCAAGAAUUGUGUCCCGGGGAGACCUGAAAAGACAGCAGUGUUGAAGAGAACAGUAACUUACAGCCCGUGUGCCAUAUCGAGCUGUUUACAAAGUCAAUUUGGCCAUGUGGGGAAGACAGACAGGCCUCUAGCCACUGAACUCAAGGCUGUGAUCCAUGGGCUGAAAGUUGAGGUAGAUGCAGAACCUCUACCACAUCUCUUUACUCUCACAUUAGAGGUAGCUCAAUUGGUGUUGGAUUUGAAUGAAUACAAUGCCAUAUUGUUUUGUCACCUCACUCAAAUCUUUCCUCACAAAACACUCACCAUCAGAAAACUUGUCACACAAGAAAUUUGCCCACAGAAAGAAAAAUAUAUUGAAGAUCAAAUUGAUCUAAGGAUUGGUCGUCUUCAGGUUCUUGUUGACAAAGCCAUGAUGAAUAUCAUGAUAAAUCAUGAGAAGGCUUUGGCCAAUUGGCAAUUAGCUAUGGAUGAAUUGGAACAGGAAUCAAACUUACAAAAGACUGAGUCUUAUGCUUCAACAGAACAUUCUUUGAUCAAUAAUAUGUCCUCCAAAAGUGGACCUCAAAUUGUGGAUGGACAACAUAGGUUUGAGGUGUAG